AUGUCCCAAAUGCAGUUCUGGCUAAAGUUCCCGUCUCUCUACAAGGAUUCCUCAUACCUCGACGAGCUCUCCAACAACAACUCCCUGUUCUCGUCCCCUGCGGAUUCCCUCUCGGACAUUGCAGAUCCCAAGGACUUCCUGCCUGCAGACAGCCUGAACCACGUGCCAACGCUGUGGGAUGUGAGCACGCCGCAGCAGAGCCAGGCAGAGCUGUUCUCACCCAGCAGGUCCUUCACUGGCUUGAACAGUUCCAAUGAGCAGGUGUCUGCUGUCCCCAACACCCCGCUCCUCAUAAGCUACCAGUCUCAGGCUCCUGCAGAGGAGGAGGAUGAAGGUGAGGAGGAAGAAACGGAAGAGCUGGGGCAAACGGAGACCUAUGCAGAAUAUGUACCUUCAAAGUCCAAGAUUGGGAAGCACCACCCCGACCUCGUGGUGGAGACGAGCACUCUGUCCAGCGUCCCCCCGCCCGACAUCACCUACAGCCUGUCCCUGCCGCGCUCCGUCGCUGACAAAGGGUCCCUCUCUGCACUACAGCUGGAAGCCAUCAUCUACGCCUGCCAGCAACAUGAAGUUUUAUUACCCAAUGGGCAGCGAGCUGGGUUCCUCAUUGGGGACGGUGCUGGCGUUGGAAAGGGCAGAACAGUUGCAGGCAUCAUCUUUGAAAAUUAUCUUAAAGGGAGGAAAAAAGCUCUGUGGUUCAGCGUCUCCAAUGAUCUCAAGUAUGAUGCUGAGCGAGACCUGAAGGACAUCGAAGCCUCCCACAUUCCUGUGCAUGCUUUGAAUAAGAUUAAAUAUGGUGACACAGCUACCUCAGAAGGAGUCCUCUUUGCCACUUACUCUGCGCUGAUUGGUGAGAGCCAGGCAGGCGGGCAGCAUAGGACACGCUUAAAACAGAUUUUGGACUGGUGCAGGGAAAACUUUGAUGGAGUUAUUGUGUUUGAUGAAUGCCACAAAGCCAAAAACGCCAGCUCUACUAAAAUGGGCAAAGCAGUGCUGGACCUUCAGAACAAGCUGCCUCAAGCAAGGGUUGUUUAUGCCAGUGCCACAGGUGCCUCUGAGCCAAAAAACAUGAUUUACAUGAGCCGCCUGGGGAUCUGGGGGGAGGGCACCCCUUUCAGAGCAUUUGAGGAGUUCCUGCAUGCAAUUGAGAAGAGGGGCGUCGGUGCGAUGGAGAUCGUGGCCAUGGAUAUGAAGGUCAGUGGGAUGUACAUUGCCAGGCAGCUCAGCUUCACUGGAGUGACCUUCAGAAUCGAGGAGAUCCCACUGGAUCAGCAGUACAAGAUUGUCUACGACAAGGCAGCGAAGCUGUGGGCAGAGGCCUUGGUGGUGUUCCAGCAGGCGGCCAACUGGAUCGGGCUGGAGUCCAGGAAGUCCCUGUGGGGCCAGUUCUGGUCAGCCCACCAGCGCUUCUUCAAGUACCUCUGCAUUGCUGCCAAGGUCCGGCGCCUGGUGGAGCUUGCCAAGGAGGAGCUGGCAAAGGAUAAGUGCAUUGUCAUCGGCCUGCAGUCCACCGGGGAGGCUCGCACCAGAGAAGUCCUGGACGAGAACGAUGGGCAUCUAAAUUGUUUUGUUUCUGCUGCAGAAGGCGUCUUUCUAUCACUAAUUCAGAAGCACUUUCCUUCAACCAAAAGAAAGAGAGAAAAAGGAACUGGCAUUAAAAGAAAAC